GCCACAGUCGCAGCCGCCGCAGCCUCGGCCGCCGGGCAAGUAGCUCCGAGCAGCUGCUUCCCGGAGCCUCGACGAAGACAGGGGGCGCCGCGCUCCACUUGCUCCGCGCCCGAGCCAUGCCCGGCAGCCCUGUGUAACCACGGAGUCCCAGCCGCAGCCGACCGACCUAGUGUGCGCCGUCCUUCGGCCGAGCUGAGCUUUCGUGCACGCAACUCCCUCUGCCCCCGCCGGCCCCGCGCCACCAUGCCCCAGGCAACUGCACUUGGGGCCCUGGUGUCACUGCUGCUGCUGCUGCCGCUGCCUCGCGGCGCCGGGGAACUCGGGGAGCGCCCGGACGCCACCGCAGACUACUCGGCGCUGGACGGCGAGGAGGGCACGGAGCAGCAGCUGGAGCAUUACCACGACCCUUGCAAAGCCGCUGUCUUUUGGGGAGACAUUGCCUUAGAUGAAGAUGACCUGAAGCUAUUUCACAUUGACAAAGCCAGAGACUGGACCAAGCAGACAGUGGGGGCAACUGGACACAGCACAGGUGGGUUUGAAGAGCAGGCAUCUGAGAGCAGCCCAAACGCCACAGCCACGGACACUGGCACCAAGAAAGCUGGAAAGGAUGGCCAGGAGAAUACCACACUCCUGCACAGCCCUGGGACCUCGCAUGCCACAGCUGAGACCUUCUCUCCCCGGGUCCGAAGAGCCACAACCUCAAGGACAGAGAGGAUAUGGCCUGGCGGAGUCAUCCCCUACGUCAUUGGAGGGAACUUCACUGGGAGCCAGAGGGCCAUUUUUAAGCAGGCCAUGAGACACUGGGAGAAGCACACCUGUGUGACCUUCAUAGAAAGGACCGACGAGGAAAGCUUUAUUGUAUUCAGUUACAGAACCUGUGGCUGUUGCUCCUAUGUUGGGCGCCGAGGAGGAGGACCACAGGCCAUAUCCAUUGGGAAGAACUGUGACAAGUUUGGCAUUGUGGCUCACGAGCUGGGCCAUGUGGUUGGGUUUUGGCAUGAACACACCCGGCCAGACAGAGACCAACAUGUCACGAUCAUCAGGGAAAACAUCCAGCCAGGUCAGGAGUAUAAUUUCUUAAAAAUGGAAGCUGGGGAAGUGAGCUCUCUGGGAGAGACAUACGACUUUGACAGCAUCAUGCACUACGCCCGGAACACCUUCUCAAGAGGAGUUUUCUUGGACACCAUCCUCCCCCGUCGAGAUGACAAUGGCGUCAGGCCAACCAUUGGCCAGCGCGUGCGGCUCAGUCAGGGAGACAUAGCUCAAGCCCGGAAGCUGUACAAAUGCCCAGCAUGUGGGGAGACCCUGCAGGACACAACGGGAAACUUUUCUGCACCUGGUUUCCCAAAUGGGUACCCAUCUUACUCCCACUGCGUCUGGAGGAUCUCAGUCACCCCAGGGGAAAAGAUCGUCUUAAACUUCACAUCCAUGGAUUUGUUUAAAAGCCGGCUGUGCUGGUACGAUUACGUGGAAGUCCGAGAUGGUUACUGGAGAAAAGCUCCCCUUUUGGGCAGGUUUUGCGGCGAUAAGGUCCCGGAGCCCCUCGUCUCCACAGACAGCCGGCUCUGGGUGGAGUUUCGCAGCAGCAGCAACAUCUUGGGCAAGGGUUUCUUUGCAGUGUACGAAGCUACCUGCGGGGGAGACAUUAACAAAGAUGCCGGUCAGAUUCAAUCUCCCAACUAUCCGGAUGACUACAGACCUUCCAAGGAAUGUGUCUGGAGGAUUACGGUUUCGGAGGGGUUCCACGUGGGACUUACCUUCCAAGCUUUUGAGAUUGAAAGGCACGACAGCUGUGCAUAUGACUACCUGGAAAUCCGGGAUGGCCCCACGGAAGAGAAUGCCUUGAUCGGCCACUUUUGUGGCUAUGAGAAGCCGGAGGAUGUGAAAUCGAGCUCCAACAGACUGUGGAUGAAGUUUGUGUCCGAUGGCUCUAUCAAUAAAGCAGGCUUUGCGGCCAAUUUUUUCAAGGAGGUGGAUGAGUGUUCCUGGCCAGAUCACGGAGGGUGCGAGCAUCGCUGCGUGAACACACUGGGCAGCUACAAGUGUGCCUGUGACCCUGGCUACGAGCUGGCUGCUGAUAAGAAGAUGUGUGAAGUGGCCUGUGGCGGUUUCAUUACCAAGCUGAAUGGAACCAUCACCAGCCCUGGGUGGCCGAAGGAGUAUCCCACAAACAAAAACUGUGUCUGGCAGGUGGUGGCCCCCGCUCAGUACCGGAUCUCCCUUCAGUUUGAAGUGUUUGAACUGGAAGGCAAUGACGUCUGUAAGUACGACUUUGUGGAGGUGCGCAGCGGCCUGUCCCCUGACGCCAAGCUGCACGGCAAGUUCUGUGGCUCUGAGACACCCGAGGUCAUCACCUCGCAGAGCAACAACAUGCGUGUGGAGUUCAAGUCCGACAACACUGUCUCCAAGCGCGGCUUCAGGGCCCACUUCUUCUCAGACAAGGACGAGUGUGCCAAAGACAAUGGCGGGUGUCAGCACGAGUGCGUCAACACCUUCGGGAGCUACCUGUGCAGGUGCAGAAACGGCUACCGGCUCCACGAGAACGGGCAUGACUGCAAAGAGGCUGGCUGUGCACACAAGAUCAGCAGUGCAGAGGGGACCCUGGCGAGCCCCAACUGGCCUGACAAAUACCCCAGCCGGAGGGAGUGUACCUGGAACAUCUCUUCGACUGCAGGCCACAGGGUGAAACUCACCUUCAAUGAAUUUGAGAUCGAGCAGCACCAGGAAUGUGCCUAUGAUCACCUGGAAAUGUACGACGGGCCUGACAGCCUGGCCCCCAUCCUGGGCCGUUUCUGCGGCAGCAAGAAACCAGACCCCAUGGUGGCUUCGGGCAGCAGUAUGUUUCUCAGGUUUUAUUCGGAUGCCUCAGUGCAGAGGAAAGGCUUCCAGGCAGUGCACAGCACAGAGUGCGGGGGCAGGCUGAAGGCUGAAGUGCAGACCAAAGAGCUCUAUUCCCAUGCCCAGUUUGGGGACAACAACUACCCGAGCCAGGCCCACUGCGACUGGGUGAUCGUGGCAGAGGACGGCUACGGCGUGGAGCUGACUUUCCAGAGCUUUGAGGUUGAGGAGGAGGCCGACUGCGGCUACGACUACAUGGAAGCCUACGACGGCUACGACAGCUCAGCGCCCAGGCUCGGCCGCUUCUGUGGCUCCGGGCCAUUAGAAGAAAUCUACUCCGCGGGAGAUUCCCUGAUGAUUCGAUUCCACACAGAUGACACCAUCAGCAAGAAAGGCUUUCAUGCCCGAUACACCAGCACCAAGUUCCAAGAUGCCCUGCACAUGAAGAAAUAGUGCUGAUGUUCUUGAAAGACAGAAACUGAGAAUGUUUUGUUUUUGUUUUUACAACAAUAGCACCUUGAAAAAUCUGCCCUAAAACAGUGUGCAGUAUUUUUCUCAAACAAAAACUCAGAAUCCAGUCUUGGAGGUAUAUAUUUGAAUGAAAGUCAUGUAAGCUUGGCCAACAAGGUGGAGAGAAAAUGUUCUUUUGAUUCUGUCUGCAAUGUUAUCACUUAUGAACUGUUAAAGAUUAGGACUGAAGUCACUGACCAUUCAAGCUAUGUUUGUUCAUACCCAUUCUCCUUGUCCCUUCCUCCUAUGUGGCAAAAGGCCAGCCUUGGGGUUGGCCGUUCCUCUAAUCUGGACUUGGUUGCAAAGGUGCUGGCCUGUCUUCUGUCUAUGUUGGGCAUAAGGGAUGAAAGCUUGGCUGUGACUAACAUAUGGCUCACAGCUUUGGCUGGAAUCAUUUUCUUUCUCUCUGCCAGGGACACGUCAACCAAGAAACCUGAAAAUACGGAUGGAUGUCAGGACUAAAAAAGGCAUCACAGUAAGCAGUGUGCACAGAGAAAGUUUCGAGUAUGAACAUCAUUGUCAUGAAGUUAGGAGACCACGAAGCCAUUUCUCAGUCAUUCACACUCCUUGUCCCUUUGGUUUUCCCCACUCCCUAAUUGCAUUGGGGGCUAAGGCAUCCAUUAUGAAUACAGCAGAACAUUUGCUGGCGAGAGUCCCGUCUGCUGAGAAGACAAUAUUGUGGCUCGUCCUGAAAUUUUUUCAUUCAUUGACUUUGAGAAGACUACACCUGUGCUUGGAAUUCCACGGGCUUCGAAGAACAUUUCUUCUUUUAGCUUUGGAGGCACUUGCCGUAGCACACCUGGACUCCUUGACAUCCAAUUCAAACUGCAUUUGCAAAAUGUGCAAAGACAUCUUAUGAGGGACCAAUUCAGGUCCCUUGUGGGGUGAACACUGUUGAGGACUGGUUAAUUAUAAGUUAUGUAAGAAUCAUCGCCUUGUGGAACAAGUCAAUCAGUGACUAGCUUCCUGUAGCCAAUCAGGUUAAAGAAUGCUUUGGUAACUUUGUUCUGAUUAACUAAUAUUCAAUCACCAACUUGCAAUCAGAAUUCACAAAACUUGGCACUUGUUCUAGAGAAGCGUAGAGGAUGAUGUUUACAUAAUUUUAGCACCUCAAGGUAUAAUUUAAACAGUGAGGUAGUUUUGAAUGGCAUUUCAUUAAGGCAUCUAUGGGCAUUAUGAGCUAAAAGCUGUGGUAUGUUAGCUUUAAAAGAGUAUUUAUGUUGGAAUAAUUUUUAAAUAAUGUUUACAUAACUGUAAGUCCUGUUUGGUUGGUGUUGAACGCAGGGCGGCACACGAGUGAUUUUGGUUAGAGCCAAGAGAAGAGCUCCCAUGCGCCAGAAUUCCUUUGGGAUGAAUCAGCAUCGUUUUAGACAAAGUAUUUGUAAAAAGGUGAAAGGUUAUAUUUUUUACAGAUCAGAAUAUGGCACUAGAGGACUGUGUCUCAUUAAAGUGAUUGCUGGGAGCAAAAACUAGAAUAAUACAAGGAAAGGUCAGAGAAAUGCAUGGGAAUAUUUUUUCCUUAAAA